CUCAAUUCAGGCAGCCCCACGAAUAAUUCUCAACGACCGAUCACGUAUUCACGCCGCCAUGCCCCCAACAGAAGAACAAGGACAGGAAGAAGCCGUCAGGGAGUAAAGGAGGAAGGUAAACGGGCAGGUCGAAACCAAGACUCUGCCAUUCGCGCAAUAACUAGACUGUCGACUUCUCCAUUUGCCUCGCGAGACGCGCACAAAAUCUACGAUCAUCUCUUCGACUCGACUCGGGUCAUGUUUGAGAAGAGAUCUACUGGGCGAAUUGGGAGGAGGAACUUGAAACCAGCAGCCCAGUCCCCGGCUCUACCUACUCUACUACGUACUCUGCGUUUGCCGACAGAUCCAUGAAGAGACAAAACCUCUCUGGCUCGAUGAGUUCUGUUCAACUUCGAAUGGGUGUACAAUCUCCGGGAUAAAUUCUCGUUGCUGCCUUCAUCCACGUUGUCGCAAAUUCGUCAUGCCCGCGCUCCCGGCCACACGUCGAUGUUGUAGUUCGAAGACCAGGAUAUAUAUUACCAGCUCCCUGGACACUCGGGUUGAUUCCCGGUCUUCGAAUAGACGCACUCACGGUUCUUGGCUCGUCACAAGGCCUUGUCCCUCCGAUACCCUUGCAGACUUAGCUCAGCAUGGUAACGAAUGGGAGGAACUCCACUACAUAACAAUGGAUUCAACUAUGCUUGGGUUCAAGAACGAGGCUAACUUUGCCUCGGCUGAGGCAAGAAUUCGAUGGGUACUUGCCCAAGUCGCGGCGAAAGGAGAAAGGGUAAACUUAGUUUCAGCCACUUUGAACUUGACUUCUCAAUAUCCCAUCAGUGUUUAGUUUCUCCUGGCUUUGUUCCAUUUAGUUCCAAGAUGGUUAUCACUCCUCCCCCAGCCUUGACGCCAGAGCUGCCCGGAAUCCACGACCUCCCCCUCUGUGAUUUCAUAUUCGACGAAAGAUAUGGCAGACAUCCAAUUGCAGCGUCUCGGGACCCCUACAUUUGCGGCCUCCCAGGGAAAUUAUACAGUGUUACCGAACAGAGGGAUCGCAUGUAGUACUUGGCAAGAGCAUUGGCACAGGAGAUGGAGUGGGAAGUCAAUGCAGGCAGCGAAUUUGAUAAAGCGAUUUGUGUAUUUUCUCUUAACACUGUGGCUUCGUUCUUCUCCUCUGCGUACAAUGUCGGCAGGUGGGGAAGGAGGUUGAUCUCUGGGGCUUAGAUCGAUAUCACGAUGGUAAACCGAGCAAUCCUGCGACUCAACGGCGUUACCUCGCCAGAAAACGCAGUCUAUUCAGCAGAAGAAUCAGGUUAGCAGCCCACUAAC